AUGGCAUCAGAAGCAGAAAAAACAUUCCAGCGGUUUGCUGUCUUCGGAGAAUCAUCAAGCAGCGGCACUGAAAUGAACAACAAGAAUUUCUCCAAGCUGUGCAAAGACUGUGGUGUCAUGGAUGGCAAGACAGUCACCUCCACUGAUGUGGACAUCGUGUUCAGUAAAGUCAAGGCCAAGAAUGCCCGAACCAUCACUUUUCAGCAGUUCCAGGAAGCAAUGAAGGAACUGGGCCAGAAGCGGUUCAAAAGUAAGAACCCAGAUGAAGCCCUGGAGAAUGUUUUCAAACUCAUAGAAGGCAAGGAUCCAGCUACCACUGGUGUUACUAAAGCAACAACUGUGGGCGGGGUGAGCCGGCUGACAGACACCAGCAAGUACACUGGCACCCACAAGGAGCGAUUUGAUGAGAGUGGCAAGGGCAAAGGCAUCGCAGGACGGGAAGACAUGACCGACAACUCCGGCUAUGUGAGUGCCUACAAGGGUGCUGGCACCUAUGAUAAGAAGUUUAGCAAAUAA